CAAACUACUUCAGCCCAGGGAGAAGCACACACACGAAAAGUUCUAACGCAGUCAAUGGAAAUCAUAUCAUGGACCUAUUUACUCCAAAACAUGGUUACAUGAAUCAUGCAUAGUUUUGCGGUGAAACAUUUUCCUUAAAUAGUUGCCAAGUCAACGGAGAUGCGCUGAACUAGUGCAUUUCCGACAGGUUAAAACAGUUGAAAUGGAUAGCAUUGAAAACGCGCUUGCCGGCCUAAAAAGUGAAAGUUUCACGUCGGAGGAGAUAUUUGCCGAGAUUCAGCAGGAGACUGCAGGCGGAGAGACAGUGCACCUCGAUUACCCUACAGACCUGCUAGUGCUAGGUCAAGGAGAGCAGUUAUAUGCAGCCGAAGAGGAAGUUUUUACAGAGGCCGAGCAGGUGGCAAACCAGGAGCAGACUAAUCGCAUUGAGACUGAGAUCAGCAUCGAAAUCAACAAUGUCGUCGGCAGCUUCAGUGUUCGAUGCCAUCUUAACCUCCGCCACAUAGCGAUGGAAGGCACUAACGUUGAAUACAGACGAGAGAAUGCGAUGGUGACGAUGAAGAUUCGGAGACCUUACACGACGGCGAGCAUGUGGUCGUCGGGAAAGCUGACUGUAACGGGAGCAACCAGCGAGCCGGACUCGAGGAUAGCAGCGCGGCGGUUCUCGCGCAAGCUGCAGCGACUCGGCUACAAGGUGCGGCUCGCUAACUUUCGCGUCGUCAACGUGCUCGCCACCUGCAGGAUGCCGUUUGCGAUCCGCAUCGCUCAGUUCUCACAAGCGCACCGCGCCAACGCCAGCUAUGAACCGGAGCUCCAUCCUGGUGUCACGUACAAGAUCAAGGAAAUCAAGGCUGUACUGAAAAUCUUCUCUACAGGCAGUAUUACUGUGACAGCUCCCUCUGUCAGCAAUGUGGAGAUGGCCAUUCAUCAGAUUUUUCCCCUGGUGGUCGAACACCAAAUGGAGAAGUUGAAAGUGAAAGACAAGUUUGAGCUAAACGUACACAAACACAACAUCGUGGCGGGCAGAAAGCGCAAACACCGCGGGGGCGCGCUCCCGCGACAGCUGAAGAAAUCGAGGACAAACGAAGGAACGUCGCUGUCGGAGUGUGACACCGACUCUGACUGCGACUCCGGCGAUAGUUUUGACUCCAACGAAAGCGCUGACUAGCAGCACCGUGCCCCUGAGCCUGACAAUUGUGAACAAGUCGUACUUGUAAGUGGGCAAACAUUGGUGACGAAUGUUUGGCGUCUUGCUGUUAGAGUCACGCAUGCAUGCAGGUGGAUCGCUUCGUUGGUCUUGGCGUGCACCGACCGUGCACCAUCCGCGUUCGCCGAAGCUUCUCGAACAUGGAUGACAUAGACUGGCAUCGAUUCGAUCUCUCUCGUCCAUUAUCCUUGUGCACGGACCUGUGAACGGAUUUUCUCGCCACUCUCAGUGUGGGUUCACACUUGCAACCCGCCACCAUUUAUGUUGCCUCGGCAGAGUCCGUGGCAAAAGCAGGUGGAGUGCCCACGUGUAGGGAAGCAUGUAGAGAUUUUGUGGACCGGGGUAUGUUUAGAUGUCCUGUGCGCAGUAUAGCGCGUGCAGAUUGUGUGGACCUAGUUAUAGGUUGGCGUUUCAAGCACAGAAAAGCAUGUACAGAGGUAGAUUCGAGCAAGGAAACGGUGCACGCAACUGCAUUUGCUAUUGCUGCAUUUCAUAUUUUCCUGAGUGGCUUGCUGAAAUAAGCGCUCGAAAUAAUGGGGGGGGGAGGGGGAGUUGAGAUGUGCGUUGUACUCUGCAGGUUUUGCACUCUGUAAUACGAUGCUGCCAUCUAGCAGAGCAAUUCAGAAAUGUUUGAGAAAAGUUUAACUGUUAUGACAAAAAUUUGUUUGCCAGAACAUUUUCACGUGUUAAUCUGUAAGAGUGUAAAAGUGCAAGUGUGUGCGUGUGCAUGCAUGUGUGCAUACAUACAGGGCGUGCGUGUGUUUACGCAUGCAUGUUUGAAUCUCCUCCAUUUUAAAGAGUUCUUUAGCAUGCGUCUCAUCACAUUUUCUAUCAUUUAUACACUGUAAAUUUGCACGGACAGUUUUUAAGAAGUUUGUACGAAUGAAUACUUGUCACGAUAUAUCUAGCUUCAUUCACAUAACACGUCGUCAUCAAACACAUUACGUAGUUCUCUGUAUAUGCCAUGUAGUUCUUGUAAUUUUCUCAUAGAAACUAUUAUAUGUUGAGCUGUUUUCAUGAUCACAUAUCGAUGUAAUCGCCCCUUCUCUUCACGACGAGUGGAUCUGAAGUAAAUGUAGCCAGCCGAAGAUUCACAAUUACUCAGCAACACAUUGCAGCAUCUAGGAAGCGAGAUGACUGCAGUGAGUUUAGAUUUAUCGUCGUGGAUGGCACCCACUUGCACCGCGACACGAGAUGUAAAAUUAACGUUUAAUGCCAAAGGACACUUGCGCGACUAUAGUACCAGUGGCUGGAUCCAACUGCUUGCUCUAGUUCAGCUGCGGUGUGUGAUAACGAGCGUCGGUUCAGGCCAGGAGCAUUGGAGCAAUUGAUCAGCAGAGUGCAAUCGGUGAUCACCACUACUUACGGCAACGUUGCCCCCACGGUGAGGAAAUUUAUCACUAUUCCCCUAUCAGCUCUAUACCCAUCCCGUACCACCUAUGCACGGAUAGCUCUAAAAGUUUUGUGCAGCGUCGUGUAGAUGGCAGGCACCAGUGCUAUAACCCGGAGAGAGAGAUGCCAGCCAAACAAUGCGAUGUAAAACCCAAGGAAUGCGAGUUGGUGCGAGAAGGCGACAAAUGUUUAUAGUGGUGCGAAGAGCAGUCAGGGCGAUCAUUCUCCGCGAUUACCAAAUGUCAUUCCUGAGGAAUAAAACUGUGUUUUAUUCCAA